AUGUCUAUUAUCCAAAUCCCGGUCGCUGCUAAUGCUACCGAGCAACAAGAGACCGCCAAUCAAACCCCCGAAGCAAUGCAAGGGUCCUUGGACUACGACAAAGCCCGCCAGAUUAUCAACGCGCAUCUCGAUGACUUGGACUCAUCUCUCCACAACAACAUCAACAAGCAACUGCACUCGAACCCAGAAACGGCAUACAAAGAGUUUUUUGCUCACGACACCAUCACGGCUUAUCUUGAAGAGCAAGGUUUCGCAGUUAGAAGGCAUACUUAUGGCCUCGACACGAGCUUCGAGGCCGAAAUUGGCUCCGGUGGCCGCCAAGUCGUUGUUUGCGCUGAGUACGAUGCUCUUCCAGACAUUGGCCAUGCCUGCGGACACAACCUCAUUGCAACGUCUUCAAUUGCAGCAUUCUUGGGGGCUGCUCGUGCACUCGUUGAUCUGAAAAUUCCUGGACGCCUACGCAUCUUGGGAACCCCUGCUGAGGAAGGGGGUGGUGGUAAAGCGAAGCUCAUUGAUGCCGGUGCCUUUAACCCACCUAAGGAUAUUGCGGCCGCCAUUAUGGCGCAUCCAACCGCAGCUCACCAGGGCGGCAGUGGGAAUGGCGCCUCCGGAAUUGCAGGCUUCAAGCUCAUUGCAAGCCAUAAAUUUCGCGUCGAAUUUCGAGGGAAAUCCGCCCAUGCAGCAGGCGAGCCGUGGAAAGGUGUGAACGCCUUGGACGCAGCUGUAGCGGCCUACAGCAGCGUGGCUCUUUUGAGGCAGCAAAUCCAGCCAGACGAACGGGUUCAUGGUGUAAUCGAAGUCGGAGGCACCGUUCCCAAUGUCAUAACGGAUUACACCCGUAUGAACUGGAAUGUUCGCAGCCCAACGAUCGACCGCGCUGAUGCGCUGUUGAAGAGAGUCAAGGCAUGUCUGGAAGCAGGUGCAGCGGCGACGGGCUGCGAGAUUAAUUACAUUGUGGCGCCAACAUACAUGAACUUACGGGCUAAUGACACUCUAUGCAAGAUCUAUGUGGAAGAUAUGGCGGCAAUUGGCCAGACAAUUCAGCUUCACCAGGCAAAGCCUUUUAACGCCUCAACGGACAUGGGAAAUGUGUCCUAUGUCGUGCCUAGCUUCCACGGCGCAUUCGUUAUUCCGACCUCACCAGAUGUGGCAGGCCACAAUCCCAAAUUUGCGGCAGCUGCUGCGACUCACGAAGCUCAUAAAGCAGCUCUCACAUGUGCGAAGGGAAUGGCAAUGCUUGCCGUAAGAGUGCUUGUAGACGACACGAUUGCGUCCCAAGCGAGGGAAGACUUCGAAAGUCCUGAUGAGGAUUGA